AUGCAUUCAGGAAUAUUUUAUUCCUGGCUAUUGUGGGCGUGUGUCGUCGCCGAAAGUGUUGCGGACAAUGAAGUCCGGGUUUUGAUCCUCGGAGCUCCCGAGUUCUCAGUCGCAAAAUGGGACCUCAUUGAUGCUUUCUUUCCAACUCACGAUAUUCAACAUUUGGAAGAUCCGCGAGCACUUUUCAAUACAUGGGGAUGCGAGCUUGAGGGGAAUUCGAUGAGCGCCAUUUUGGAGAGGCCUUCGAAUAUCUCGUGCCUGGCCGUCUCCUCGCUUGCCACCGAUCAGAUGAAUCUCGAUGAAAUCGGAAUUCUUUUCGAUUUCUUACAAACUGUUUCUGGGCUAGCGGUGGUUGAACUUGGUGAAGCCACUGUUCAAUUGAGGGCACUUCUUGGCAAGAAUGCCGCUUGUUGGGGAAUCGGAACCUCGGAUAUCGUCACACCGAAUCGUGUCUAUCUUUGUGGAAAGGUUCACCCCAAUCACUUGCCAGCUCUCGGGAUUUUCAAUGUGCAGAAUAUUGGAGAAAAUACUGAACCUGUGGAAACGGAGAUGACUUUCUGGCCGUGCAUCUUUGCAUCAGCAGCAAAAUCGGAGAAAAAGCACAAAGCUCCAGUUGAAGAUGAUGAUGAAGAAGAAGAAAAAGUUGAUGAACGAGCUAGUGAGGAGGGGGAGAAAAAGGUUCGCAAAGAGAGUCUCUCGAAGAAGUACCGCUGCAAAUACCGAAAGUCGUGCUAUGAGAGCGGCGUUUUGCCGGAGAUUCGGAAUGAAUGGCAAUGGGGAUUUUCGGCAAGCAGUGCGGCUGUUGCGGAUGAAAACAAUGAUGAUGUGGAAGAAGGAAAAGAUGAUAUGGCAAAUAUCAGAUACCAGAAGUGGAAAUGCAAAUAUCGCAAGUCUUGCUAUGAAGCCAUUGGACUACAACAAGAGAAAAAGGAGGAAGAUGAAGAGAAAAUGAGCUUCUUCAGUGGUAAAAUCUCGGCUCCACAAGGCAAAAAAAAGACAGUCAAGGAAAUCGCCGAGAAAACCCUGCAAAAGGUGAAAGAACGCGAGGAUGAGGCAAAGGAUCGCGAGUUGCCGAACAGUGUCAUUGUGGAAAAGAAGCUGGAAGCGAUUGAGAAAGAGAUCAAUAAAAAGGUUGCCUGUAAAUACCGCCAAUCUUGCUACGAGACGGGGAAACUGCCAAGAAUCGAUGACUCUUGGCCGAUACCGUCUUUCAAUUUCCUCCUUGGAUCCUGGGAAAGCAAAGAGCCAAAAGAAGACGUAAAUCUAGACGAAUUGAGCGAACUUGAGCGUAAAUUCCGUUGCAAAUAUCGGAAGUCGUGCCUCGAGACCGGGGUCUUGCCCGAAAUUGCCGCUUCGUCUUUUGGAAGUCUUGACUUUGGCGCUUUGCUGCAUGGAGCGGGGAAAACUGAGAAAAAGGAGGAACAAGAAGUGAUUGAUGACCCAAAUCAAACACUUCAACACAGAUGCAAGUAUCGAUUGAGCUGCUAUGAAACUGGAAUCCUACCAGAUUUAAACCCGCAAGACCCGGUAGCAGUAAAAGCCGAAACUGAAUCAACAAUGCCAACCAGUGCAACGGCGUUGAAGCACUUCUGCAAGUAUCGCAAGUCGUGCUAUGAGAAGAUCGCUCUUUCUGAUGGUCUGAGUGCAAUCAAAGAGAUCAGAAAGGAAAGAACUGUUGAACCGGUAGUGAGAUCUGGGCGCCGACGGGUGCUUGAUGAGGCGGCUCUUCAAAGAAGACAGAACCGAAGACAAAAGUUGGCUGCUCGAAAAGAAGCACGCCUUGCCAAGCGGGCUCUCGAGGGAAAGUCGACUGGUGAAACACCAAAGCAACUACGAGAAAAGUUGAUGGCUGAGAAAGCGAAAACUGAGAAAGAGGUCCAACACAAAAAUCGCCAUUAUCAACAGGAAAAAGCGUACAGAAAGUCGUGCUAUGCUUCCGGCAAAAAGCCCGAUUUGGAUCGAGGUUAUUUGGAUCUUCUCGAAGACUUCAAUCGCCAUGUUGAGAAACAAUACGAAACGGAUCUACAGAAACACUUGAAAGAAGAGGACAAAAAGCUGGCCUGCAAGUACAGAAAGUCUUGCUACGAGACUGGACGCCUGGUGCUUGUUAGAGACGAGUUACCAAAGCCAACGAUCAAGCCCGUUGAAACCUCACUCUCAAAAGCCUUCUCAAUCCAGCAUCAAUGCAAAUAUCGGAAAUCGUGUUACGCUAAGCAUGGACUGAAAGUUGAUGACAUUGAGAAGGAUGAGGUGCCAGCAAAGAAAGUUGAGCAAGAAGUGGAAAAGCAAAAGGUGAAGAUCCCAGCUGAGAAGCCGAAAUCUUCUCCACCAAGCUCUGAAGCAAAGAAAAAAGACAAGAAAAAGAAGGAAGAGAGAGAAGAAAAGGAAGACGAUUCAGAUGAGGAAUCUGAUCGGGAAGAGAAGAAAGGUCAUGAAAUCCAUUUGAGUACACAUCAGAAGCACAAGUGCAAAUACCGAAUCUCGUGCUACGGAGGGGUAGAGCCAAAAGCCAAGAAAGUCGAGCACAAAGAGCCAAAGAAGGGCCAAAAACCAGCAUCCCCACCUACACCAAAACCCCAACCAGGAGUGAAACCCCGCGAGCAUUGCCAUCAGUACUGGUUCUCUUGCCGAGAAUGGAUGGGAUUGCCGCCAAAGGAGAAAGCCCCAAUCGGCCCCAACGGGAAGAGACUGUGCCGAAAGAAGAAACGAGAGGAA